AUGUCUGUCGCGAGGGGCACGAACGUGAAGCUCGAGGAAGAGGAUGUCGGUAUCAUCAUCACGGUUAAGGCGGGCUACCGCCUCAAUCGUCGAACCCUGGAGCUGCUGGAGAUUAUCAAAAAGGAGAGCAUCGAACUCCUCAACCAACGGAUCCCGCGCCCGGCGGCCAAUCGCGCCCCCCCGCAACCUGCCCGUCGACGUACACGCGAGGUCGAGUGUCAAGAUCCAGCCGAAGAAGUAGCACGACGUCGUACAACCGGACAAGAUCUUCACGACAUGCAACUACAACAACGACUGCUUUCUUUUCCGGCGGUGGAAUGGGCGAGGGAUAGACGGGGCCAUGACACGAGGAAAUUCCGGUUCGCGCUGCCGACGAAUAACCACAUACUGGGGCUGCCGGUCGGACAACAUAUUUACAUCUCGGCAAAGGUUGAUGGCAAAUUGGUCGUACGGCCCUACACACCUGUGAGCAGCGACAAUGAUAAAGGUUUUGUCGAUUUGAUGAUCAAGCUUGAUUUCCGCGGCCCAAAUGGUCUCAUCACCUACCAUGGCCAAGGUGAAUUCAAGGUGAAAGCAGACAAGAAAGCGGCCGCGAAAUCGUUCGUGUUCCACAACGUUAACGCGAUCGCUCGUGGUACUGGGAUCACCCCUAUGCUGCAGAUUAUUGACGCAAUAUUGCGAGUCGCAGACGAUUCGACAAGGCUCGCGCUGCUCUUUGCGAACCAAACCGAAGACGAUAUCUUGUGCCGGGAAGAGCUCGAAGAACUUCAAAAAGCUCAUCCUGAUCGUUUUCGGCUAUGGUACACCGUUGAUCGACCGCCAGCUGAGUGGAAAUACAGCUCGGGUUUUAUUAACGAGAAGAUGAUUAGUGAACACCUUUACCCUCCAUCUGAAAAUACGUGCGUUCUGAUGUGUGGUCCACCGCCUAUGCUCAACUUCGCUUGUACGCCAAACCUUGACAAGCUCGCCUAUCCGCCAGACACACGUUUCUCCUUC